AUGAAGGAGUUUCCUGAGGUUACUGCUGCCGCUACCAAGGAUAUCGGCGAUGUCGAGAAUGCAGGUGCUCGCAACCACACCAAGAGAGGCCUUUCAUCUCGUCAAGUCCAAUUCCUCGCCCUCGGCGGUGCCAUCGGUACUGGUCUGUUCGUUGGUAGCGGAGCCACCCUCUCAGCUGUUGGCCCUGCUCCCUUGUUGAUGGGUUACAUCGUAAUGAGUUUUGUCGUCUAUGGAGUCAUGAAUGUUCUUGCAGAGAUGACCACCUAUCUCCCUCUUGAAGGUCUGAGUGUACCGUACUUUGUCAAUCGCUUCGUGGACCCCAGUCUUGCUUUCGCCAUGGGAUGGAACUACUGGUACACGUUUGCCAUGUUGCUCGCCGCCGAAGUCACCGCAGCUGCAAUCAUCAUUCAGUACUGGACCGAAGCUGUACCCGUCGCUGUAUGGAUCCUUAUCAUUCUACUUGUCAUUCUCGCCUUAAAUAUCAUCGCUGUCUCCUUCUUUGGAGAGGCUGAGUUUUGGUUCGCAUCGAUAAAACUGUUGGCAAUCAUUGGUUUGAUCAUCCUUGGUGUUGUGCUUUUCUUUGGUGGUGGUCCGAAUCAUGACCGACUUGGUUUCCGCUAUUGGAAGGAACCUGGAGCCUUCAACCCCUUCGUCGCCAAAGGUAACGGUGGCAAGUUCCUCGCCUUCUGGUACGCGUUUAUCAAGUCCGGCUUCGCCUUCAUCAUGUCCCCCGAACUCAUCGUGACCGCCGCCGGAGAAGCUGAAGCCCCUCGUCGCAACAUCCCUAAAGCUGCAAACCGCUUCAUCUACCGCCUAUUCGCCUUCUACGUCUUGGGAACAUUGGUGAUUGGUGUCACUGUCGCCUACAACGAUAAGAACCUGCUCAACGCCAUCAGCAAUGGUUCACACGGCGCCGGAGCCUCUCCCUUCGUUAUCGCCAUACAGAACGCAGGCAUCAAAGGCCUCAACCACGUCAUCAAUGCCGCCAUCCUCACCUCGGCCUGGUCAUCGGGAAACGCCUGGCUCUUUUCUGGUUCCCGCAUGCUCUACUCCCUCGCCCUCACAGACCAAGCCCCCAAGAUCUUCCUCCGCUGCAACAAAAAAGGUGUCCCUUGGGUAGCCGUUCUCUUCACUUUCUGCAUCGGUUGCCUGGCUUUCUUGAAUGUCAGCAAUAGCGGCGCUUCCGUGUUCAACUGGUUCACAAACAUCACCACCAUCUCUGGCUUUAUCGCUUGGAUUGUUGUCCUCAUAACCUACCUGCGUUUCCGCCGCGCAAUGAUUUACCACAACAUGCUUGAGGCCUUACCUUUCCGAACGCCUUUCCAACCUUAUUCAGCAUAUUUCUCACUCAUCAUAAUGAUCCUGGUCACCUUGACUAAUGGCUUUUACGUCUUUGUGCCUUCCAGGUGGAAUGUUUCUGAUUUCUUGGUUUGCUACAUUACUAUUCCUAUCUUUUUGGUGUUGUGGUUUGGACAUAAGGUCUGGAGCAGGAAUUGGCAGUGGUGGAUUGAGAUUGAGCAGGUGGAUGUGUGGAGCGGAAAGGAUGUUGCUGAUGCUGAGGAAAGAGAGUAUGAGAUUAGGACACCAAGAAAUUGGAUUGAGAGGGUUUGGUUCUGGGUUGUUUGA